AACUGGCGUCGUGACGUGAGUGCGUUUGGCCAUUGUCGAUGAUGUCAUUCGUCCGCGACACCACUCUUCUAGCAUGUUAUGCUAACCGACAGUGCAGAACGAGUGGAGGGUUUAUUUUCGUAAAAGUGUUUUUGUUUGGGAAGGAGGUAAAAUGUCUUUAUAUGAUGAUUUGGGGGUCGCAACGAGCGACACUAAAACAGAAGGAUGGUCUAAAAACUUUAAACUGCUUCAGUCGCAGCUGAAAGUGAAGAAAGCUGCAUUGACACAAGCAAAGACUCAGAGGACGAGACAGUCGAAUGUUCUAGCUCCGGUUAUUGAUCUGAAGAGAGGAAGUGCUGCAGAUGACAGACAGAUCUCUGAUACACCUCCACACAUCGCUGCAGGGAUGAAGGACCCGGUGUCAGGUGGGUUUUCAUCUGGAGAUGUGCUGAUUCCAUUGGCUGAUGAGUAUGACCCCAUGUUUCCCAACGACUAUGAGAAAGUGGUGAAGAGACACAGAGAGGAACGACAAAGACAGAGAGAACAGGAGCGACAGAAGGAGAUUGAGGAGAGAGAGAAAAAAGAAAGCAUCCCUACAACUUCUGAAAGUGAACAGCAGUGUUUUACUGUAGCGUUACAUAAAAAAAAACGUAAAGAGAGGCAUGAAGGAGGGGGAGCUCCAAGCGGGUUUUCACGUUUCCCGAAUCCCGAAGGCGAAUCGGAUGAAGAGGAGGAGUAUGAGAGAGAAAAGAGGAAGAGGAGUAUGGGCGGAGCUGCCAUCGCCCCUCCGACAUCACUAAUGGAGCGAGACUCAUCAUAUUCAUAUGACGAAGAUGGUCGCCAGAGGUCGAAAGCUGCAAUCCCACCUCCUGUGUUUGAUGACUCAGAUAGACCACGAUCUCCCCCUGGACCAACUAAUUCAUUCCUGGCCAACAUGGGUGGUACUGUGGCUCAUAAAAUCAUGCAGAAGUAUGGUUUCCGGGAAGGACAAGGCUUGGGAAAACAUGAGCAGGGGUUAAGCACAGCACUCUCAGUGGAGAAAACCAGCAAGCGGGGGGGCAAGAUUAUUAUUGGAGACUCCACGGAAAAGACAUCAGCAUCCAGUCAGAAUGUGGCUGAUCCACAUGGCUCUAAUUCAGCGGAUGCCUCAAAGAAAAACGAGACCAACCCUCUUACAGAGAUUCUCAAAUGUCCAACAAAGGUGGUGUUGCUGCGGAACAUGGUUGGAAGGGGAGAGGUGGACGAAGACCUGGAAGCUGAGACUAAAGAAGAGUGUGAGAAAUAUGGCAAAGUCAUCAAGUGUGUCAUCUUUGAGAUCUCAGGUGUGUCUGACGAUGAGGCUGUCCGCAUUUUCCUGGAGUUUGAACGGGUCGAAUCGGCCAUUAAAGCUGUGGUGGAUCUGAAUGGGCGGUACUUUGGAGGUCGAGUGGUGAAGGCCUGUUUUUAUAACUUGGAUAAGUUCCGUGUUUUAGACCUGGGAGAUCAGGUGUGAGUGGGAGAUCCAGACCUGCUCAAGGAAAGAGUAAACACCAGGAAGUAAUUUGUCUGUCUGUAUAUAGCAUGAGUAAUUUUAUACACCCUUGUAAAACAUUAGCUUAUGUUCCCCUUCCCGCAGUAUGUUUUGUAAUGAGGAUCUAAUUUGCUCUUUUGUCAAUUGCUUCUAGUCUCUCUCUCACGUCACAGUUAAAAAUAACCUUUUGUCCUUGUGAAUAAGAUGUGAUGUUGAACCCAGAAAUAAAUAAAAAAAUGCUUUUGGGAGAAUAA